AUGAAUAAUAAUGAAGAAGAGACAAAUAAACUAUUAUAAGAAAUUAGAAAUGAGGUUAUAGAUUUUACUGCUACAAAUUUCUUAGGUUAAGUUGUUGAGAAAUAUUAAAAUUAUGAAAAAAUAUGUUUUUAAGAGAAUAAGGGAAAUAGCAUAGAAUUUGUGAAGUGUACAAUAAUUAAUAUUGUAAGGUAUGAUGAAUUUUCAAAAGAGAUAAAUAAAAGAAGAAAAGAAAAUGGAAUUUAAAAUAGAUUACUUAAAAAAUGAAAUUGCUGAGUGUCUUAAUAUUAAUGAAAGAAAUGAAUGUUAAUAAUUAGCUAUUAAUAAUAUAAUGUAGAUAUAGCAAGAUUUUUUAAAGAACAUAGAAUUAUCAUUGAAGAAAUGA